CGCUUUUCCCACGGAGCCUGCGGGAGGGGCUGAGGCUGCAGGACCACGCCCUCCACGCGUGCCUCUCCACCACCGGCCCGAACCCCUAGGCCCGUCCACCCUGCCAGACUCCUCUCCAGCGGGCCGGAAGCGUGGACUUGUUCGCCCUCUGCAGGCAGCUUCUCUGGUCCAGAUCUGGAAGCCGAAGGGAAUGACGCGGGUGCCCCCAGAGCCCCAGCUCCGGGCGGGGAGGGCGAGCCCCUUGACGCCCUCCUGGGAGGCACCGAUAAGGAGCUGAAGGCAGGACCCGGCGUCACCGCGGGCAGCACCCCGACAGCGCCGGGGACCCCUUGGCAGCGGGAGCCACAGGACGAGGCUAUGGACCCAGCGUGCGGCUGCUCCCGGGGCGCGCUCCCGCGGCCCUGCCGCGUACUGGUGUUGCUGAAUCCGCGCGGCGGCAAGGGCAAGGCGCUGCAGCAGUUCCAGAGGCUCGUGCUGCCCCUUCUGGCCGAGGCGGAGGUCUCCUUCAAACUGACGGUCACUGAGCGACAGAACCACGCGCGCGAGCUGGUGCGGGCGGAGGAGCUGGGCCGCUGGGACGCGCUGGUGAUCAUGUCUGGGGACGGGCUGAUGCACGAGGUGGUCAAUGGGCUCAUGGACCGGCCGGACUGGGAGACCGCCAUCCAGAAGCCCUUGUGCAGCCUCCCAGGAGGCUCUGGGAACGCGCUGGCCGCUUCUUUGAAUCACUAUGCUGGCUAUGGGCAGGUGACCAAUGAAGAUCUCCUGACCAACUGCACACGGCUGCUAUGCGGCAGGCUCCUAUCGCCCAUGAACCUUCUGUCCCUGCACGCGGCCUCAGGGAUUCGCCUCUUCUCUGUGCUCAGCCUGGCCUGGGGAUUGGUGGCUGAUGUGGAUGUGGAGAGUGAGAAGUAUCGGUGCCUGGGGGAGAAGCGCUUCACUGUGGGCACCUUCUUUCGCCUGGUGAACCUGCGCACCUACCGGGGCCAACUGGCCUACCUCCCCACAGGAAGUGCUGUCUUGAGUAAGACACCCACUUCCCCUCUGCUGCUGCAGGGGGGCCCUGUGGACUCACACCUUGUUCCCCUGGAGGAGCCAGUGCCCUCUCACUGGACUGUGGUGCCCGAGCAGGACUUUGUGCUGGUGCUGGCACUGCUGCACACUCACAUGGCGAGCAAGAUGUUCACGGCACCCAUGGGCCGCUGUGCGGCUGGUGUUAUGCAUCUGUUCUACGUGCGUGCAGGGGUACCGAGGACCAUGCUGUUGCGCCUCUUCCUGGCCAUGGAGAAUGGCACGCACAUGGAGUAUGGCUGCCCAUACCUGGUGCACGUGCCCGUGGUCGCCUUCCGCCUGGAGUGCAAGGAUGGGAGGGGUGUGUUUGCUGUGGACGGGGAGCUGUUGAUCUCUGAGGCUGUGCAGGGCCAGGUGCAGCCUGACUACCUCUGGAUGGUUAGUGGCGGCAGGGAGCCCCCACCCACCCAGAAGCCCCAGCAGAAGGCUUUAUGAGCCCAUGGGCCCUGCAGUCCCUUAUCUACUGGUAUAGGCUGAGGUAGGGCUUCCCACCCUGGAUGGAAGGGCCUGCCUACAGCUCAUGUUGGGGUGAUGGGGACUCUUCCAGAGAAGGGGGUGGAAAGGCGGUGGAGGCUAUGCUCUGAGGACCAGAGGUCAAAAUGGGGCCCUGGGCAAGAGCCCCACUGCUGGGGCCAGUUGCUUGCGGAAGGCAGUCCCAUUAGUUCUGGGGGGCCUCUUCCAUGAAUCAAGUCCAAAUAAAGUGAUAUCCCCA